AUGGCCUUCGACAUGAAGUUGAUCAAUGUCGGGAACAGCUGCUUCAUCAACGCCGGGCUGCAGGCGGUUCUUGCUCUUCCUGGGUUCGACUCGUUGCGACCGACGACGGCAACAGAAAGAGCUUUGUUGGAGGUGUGGUCCUCGGCAUUGGCGUUGGUGGGUGCGAGCACUCCGCAAGCCGUCAAUGAUUUGUACUACCAGGGGCGCCAGGAAGAUUGCAUGGAGUUCCUGGGCGAGCUGGUCGCGGACUGUCCGACGGUUCACGCGAAACUUCAAGGCAGGGAACGAGGUCAUCUCGGGUGUGCAUUCUGCGAUUAUCGUCGGCCUCUUCCGGCGGAGAACUUCCUGACGCUGCAGCUCGCUCUUUUGGAUGAUGAUCGGCGACUUUGUUCGGUGCAGGCAGCGGUGGAUUCCUAUCUUGCCCAGAACAUCUUGCAGGAGGACAUCGUUCAUUGGGAGUGUGAGAAUCCGACUUGCAUCGAAGCCGGAACAGCUCGUCAUGCCCCUCGUCGCUCUAGCCAGGUGGAAGCAUGGCCCGAGAACUUGAUCAUCCAGCUGAAGAGAUGGGACGUGCUGCAUGGACUUCUCAACCACGAGGUGUUCGUGGACAAAGAGCUUCGAGUAAAGGAAGAUGUCCGGUAUAGACUUCGUGCAGUUGUUUGUCAUCUAGGAGAAACAGCAUCCAGCGGUCACUAUGUCACUUAUCGACCUAACGAGAGGAACUUUGUCAGGUUGGACGAUGCACGAGUUUCCGAAAUCGAUCACAACCCGGGUCAGAUGCCUACGAGUGCAACAGAAAAGACUUACAUCGUUUGCUACGCUCGCCUGGAGGGUGUGCUUCCUGUUCCUGUGCUGCCGAUGAAGCGACCUGCCAUUGACUUGGAUCCGUCCGAGGACUCUGAUGACAGUGAUGUUGUCGUGGUCGGGACCGCGCCUGGACGGAAAUCGGGCGGCAAUCCGGGCGCAGGUAUGCAGGGAGACAGUCGGCUUCUUGAGCAAGCGCCAUCGCAAGCGCCAGCCAAGCGAGUCCGCACGGAACCAGGCUCGAAGGUUGGGUCGCAGCAUGGUGAGCCGCAGCAUGGUGGCAAGGCAAUCUCCGGCAACAUCGGCAACUACACGGAAGAAGACCGGAACAUCAUCCUAGAAGCCUUGCGGACGAGUGAAACUUUCGCGGUGGCUUUAGCUUCUAUCCGGCGGCAAAUUCCACAUUUUACGCUAACUCGACGUGGUUCCGAGUACCGACUUCAUCGAAACACUCUUUUGAAUUGGUUUCGGCGGCCGGAAUUGGCGGCAAUCCGAGUAGCCCAAUCGCAAGCCUCCGUAUCUGCCGACACAUGUGGCUUCGGGCGACGUCCAUCUUGGAACACUGCUCUCGGAAAGCUUCCGACACAGCAGCGCAACGCCGUGGUCGAAGCUCUCACAUCUGGUUCGACCGCGACGGUGUUGGCGGCUUUGACAGAGGAAGCUGCUGGGCCCGCACCGUCGACGGUGCCUGAGAGCACGCUUCGUCGUUGGCUUGGCCGCGUUCCGUUGCCUCCUCAAAAAACUUCCGAAGCUGAACCAGAUUCUCAAGCGGAUCGGUCCUCAAGGAACAGGUUGCACGAGACUUGGGCAGAGGAGUACAGCUUGAAUUUUGGAGUACGCUUGCCGGUACUUGACAUGAAGCAAACAAGCGUGGACAAGAGAGAUUCGAACGCUUUGUGGCUUGUGGAAGGCUCCUGGACUUUUUGUCCGGAUUGUGGUCGCAGACGUGCUCGAGGGAAGACCCGAAGAACAUCGCUUGCAGAUCUGCAUCCGGUGGAGUAUUGUCGACCUUGCUGUGAUGUGGCUGCAGUUGAUCUGCUUUCGCCCGCUCCAGCAACUACUCUCGACACAAGAGCGCUGGUCUACACGACGCCUCAACGAAGCACUUGGCACAGCUGGUCUGCUGCCAUUGCCUCCGGUGAGCUACCUUUGACGGCGGUGCUGUGUGAGCCGGACUUGAACAAUCUAGCUGUCUUGACUAUCCAUGUGGAUUACCGAACUCGCAGAGGCGGCAAAGCGGAAGUCACCAGCAAGCAGAAGAGAUCUUUGACACGUUGCCGCUGGCAGCGUCGGCCUCUUCGAGAGCUACUUCGAAGUGAUCUUGCUUCGAGAGCCUUUACGUGGCUUCUACAGAACAACGAGACCUACCGAGCUUGGGUGGAUCGCCACUCGGCGCUAUUCGAGACGACCGGCGACUUGCAAGAAUCGGAGCUUCAGACGGCGCAGCUUCUUUUGCGGUCUCCUGGCAUCGAGGUUGCAACUCGGCCAUGGCUAUAUCCUUUAGCCAGUCUUGCAGACACAGACUACCAAGAGAGACUGCUGCCGUUGGGAUGGACAACUACUCGCAGCAGACCUAGCAUUCGUGCCGGCUUCAUGCGCAAGCUCCAGAGUCGGUGUGUCGACUACGCAGCUGACUAUCCGCUCCAGUGUCUUCUCUACGACACGGUUAUGGCCAAGACCAUUAGCAGUGUGCAGGCUGUCGCGGAUAAACAGAAAGUCUCGCCCGAGCAAAUUGCAUCCGACAUGGAUGGAUUUGACGUUUAUUGGCAACAGCAGCUCCGGAAGAUGGAGGACAUCUGCCGCCAAGAGCACGAAAAGCACGGCAGCAUGGAGAAGGCACUGCCUUCGGUCUUUUUCACCGUAGCUCCUGCCGAGUGGCGGUUUCUUCUUCACAAUGGUGUCUUUCAUGAAGGGCCUCUCACGGACCAGCAGUUGCAACUCACGCUCCACUUCUACCACAGUCUGCAGACCUUGUUGGAGCAGCACAUCCUCAAGAAUGGCGAGAGCUUGCACCGCGUAGGAAUUGCGAAGGUGAGGCAGUGGUCCUUCCGGUUCGAGUUCCAGUCCCGAGGAACACUUCACCUACAUGCUGUGCUGUGGGCUGACUUGCUUCCGGGAUGGCAGGCUCGGGACGUGACCGGCAGAAGCGACACUCUUGUCAAGUCUGCCUUCGUCGAGUUGCUUGAGAAUUUGUUCCGGAGUCGCGUAGAUGUCCAGUGCGGAGAUGGUACACACAAUCUCUUGAGGUACGUGGCGGGCUAUGUGUCGAAGGCUUCCGAUGCUCUCAGCUUCUCGCAGCGGCAGGCAAAGAAGGAUGGCAGUGCCGAGGAGAUGAGCAAGUGGAGACAAACCUACCGUCGCCUUUGCAAACGAUCUCCGAUGGAACAGGAGAUCCUGAUGGAAUUUGCUGGUCUGGCCAUGGUUCGGCACUCCUUUUCCGGUCACACGCUUUUCGCGCCCAUACCUGGGAGCCAAGCUCGGAAUUCGUCUCGGGAUCAGUACCUAGUCUACCAAGCGUGCUUGAAACGACCACGUGAUGAACUUGGUUCCGCUCGAGGAUUGAGUUUCUUGCAAUGGCUGCGACACUUCCGCGUGGUAGACGUUGAGAAGCAGAUAGUCGCCAAAAGAAACGCUGCCGGGCCAGCAAGAGAUCACGAUUGCGGGGUCGCCAUCACCUUUCCAUUCGAGCUCUUGGAUAUUUUCAUUGGUGCCUGGGCAGCGACUUUUCUUCCGAACAUGGAAGAAUUCCGGCUGUUUCCGGAGACAGAUGAAGACGCAAGGAACUAUCCGGCAAGUCUCGCUGCAGAGAGAUCUCGUCGCUCCUCUUUUGUCGCCCCCGAAGGGUGCAAGCACUUGAAGGCUGUUUUGUGUCUGGACGAGUUUCAACUCUAUCGCAGAGACUCGCUGGUGUUCCAUCCGAAUGUUGGAGAACUUCUGUCAAGAGUGGAAACGGACCUCACUCUGAGAGGACUCACGGCAGACCGCAUUGCCACUUUCAAAGCCAGGAUUCAUGCAUGUGCUCUUUUACUCUGUGCCUUCCGAGAUGGACGCGAAGAUCCAGGAUUGUGGCGAGCCCGUGCGGUACCCGAUCCUCCUAGCCGCAUUUGGUCGCCGGAGCAACAGCAGGUGUUGGAGCACGUGAAGCGAGGAACCAGCAUUAGCGAUGCCGCUGAAAUGACCCAGGCAUGCCGAGUGUUGCAGGUCGCCGGCGGGCCAGGCACGGGCAAGACGGAGGUCAUCAUUGCGGCGGUGCGCCAAGCCCUGCAAGACGGCUGUCGCGUCUUGAUCGCAGGUCCAAUCGGUCUCCUGGUGUCCAUGUACAGAUUGCGCUUGCCCAACCUCCACAAUUUGACCAUGGAGACGGUGCAUUCCGCUUUUCGAAUUACCAGAGAUGCCGAUGCAGCUUACAUUCCGCCAGGCCGACUUCGUCAGUACGACCUCAUUGUUAUUGACGAGGUCAGUCAGAUUGAAGCGGCCGUGUGGAGGAAACUGCAGACUGGCCUUGGAGAGUUGACGCCAUGUCCAUUUCUGGUGUUCGUAGGAGACUUCCAACAGCUUCAGCCGCUGCAAGGAGGACCUGCUCUGCAAACUGAUCUGGAUCGAGAGCGAGCCGAAGGUCACAUCCUGUAUGUGAAGCUCGAGCAACAUGAAGCGGCUCGCUCGGUGGACCCGACCAUGCUCGCUUUCCUGGAGGCGGCAAGAGUGCAACAGCCAUCCCGAGAAGAACUGACGGCUUUCUUUGCAGGCAGACUCUGGUCUACAAAUCUUCAAGCGGCAGCUUCGCGUGCACUUGCCGUGGAAGCCGAGACUGGGUCUAACUUCACGUUCUUGUCAGUGACUAAUCGCGGAGCCGCAGCCCUGAACCUUGCACGGCUCGGUCUUGAGUUUCCGGAGGCGGCAGCGACACUUCGGUCCGGCGGAGGAAUUCCGGCGGAAAAUGACCAGGUCGUGGUGGCUCCGGGUAUGAGGUUGCGCCUCACACAGAACGUAGAUAAAGAGAGAGGCUUUGUGAACGGGAACGCAGGCAAAGUUCGAUGUCUUCUUCGUGCCGACGUGUUCGUGCUUGACUCGGACCAGGGCCUGCCAAUUUUGAUCCAUCCCAUUUCACAACAGGGGCGCAAGUUUCUGCCGGUCGCGUACGGUUGGGCUACGACCAUGAGGCGUGCCCAAGGGGCCACUCUUCAGAAGGUCGGGUUAUGGUUCGACCGCCGACUUCCCGACAGAGGCUAUGCUUACGUCGGGUUGUCGAGAGCGAAGAAGUGCCAGGACGUGUUUCUGCUAGACAAAAUCCGUCGCACUGAUUGGAGACCCGUGGGUGGAGACAGCAAUCCCGAAGAACAGAACAAGCUCUCGGUUUUCAGUGAAAGCACGCACAGCAGUGACGUGGACUAUGGCUGUUCAGAGUCCGAGGAGGACGAGCCCAGUCUGGAUAGCGAAUCCACGGAGGUGUCUAUGAGUCCCGAAGCGAGCUACUCGUUGGAGAUUUCUCCGGAGCAGUCCAAUUCCCGACGAAGCGAAUCGACCGAGGACAGCAGAGAUUGA